AUGGCUGACAUGCCCAUUGUGCUCGACGGAGGAACUGGUUUCCUCAAGGUCGGAUAUGCUGCGCAGAACUUCCCCGAGCACCAGUUCCCCUCGAUAGUGGGGCGGCCCAUAUUGCGAACGGAGGAGCAGGCCGGCGACAUUGUCGUCAAGGAUAUCAUGUGCGGAGAUGAAGCUGCUGCUGCCAGAUCUAUGCUGCAAAUCACCUACCCUAUGGAGAAUGGUAUCGUGAAGAGAUGGGAUGACAUGCAACACCUAUGGAACUACACUUUUUACGAGAAGAUGAAGAUCGAUCCUACGGGCCGCAAGAUCCUCUUGACCGAGCCCCCCAUGAAUCCCCUGAAGAACCGGGAGCAAAUGGCUGAGGUUAUGCUGGAAGGCUACAACUUUGGAGGUGUAUACGUUGCUAUUCAAGCUGUGCUUGCACUAUACGCCCAGGGUCUCAGCAGUGGUGUGGUCGUUGACUCCGGUGACGGUGUCACCCACAUUAUCCCCGUCUACGAAUCUACAGUCCUUAACCACCACAUUCGCCGACUUGAUGUCGCCGGUCGCGAUGUCACCCGUAACCUCAUCGCCCUCUUGCUCCGUCGCGGUUAUGCCUUGAACCGUACCGCCGACUUCGAGACUGUGCGCCAGAUCAAGGAGAAGCUCUGCUACGUGUCCUACGAUCUCGAGUUGGACAAGAAGCUCUCCGAAGACACCACCGUUCUUGUCGAGUCCUACACCCUCCCCGAUGGUCGCGUCAUCCGCGUCGGUAGCGAGCGCUUCGAAGCCCCCGAAUGUCUCUUCCAGCCGCACCUGGUGGACGUCGACCAACCCGGUAUCGCCGAGUUGCUCUUCAACACCAUCCAGGGCGCCGAUGUCGACGUGCGCUCCAGUCUCUACAAGGCUAUCGUGCUCAGUGGAGGAAGCAGCAUGUACCCCGGCCUGCCUUCCCGGUUGGAGAAGGAGCUCAAGCAAUUGUGGCUCACACGGGUCCUGCAAGGCAACCCGGAGAGGUUGAACAAAUUCAAGGUGCGCAUCGAGGACCCGCCGCGACGAAGACACAUGGUCUUCCUGGGAGGUGCCGUCCUCGCCAACCUGAUCGCCGACAAGGAGGAUAUGUGGGUUACCAAGCAAGAGUGGCAGGAACAGGGUGCACGUGCCCUGGCCAAGCUCGGCCCUAGAUAG